UUCUCCGACUGGUACGGCAUCAAGACUCCUCCCAUCAUUUUCAAGCUAUAUAUAAUCACGUAUCGAUGCCACAGUCAAUCAUCCCGGCAUCUCUCGAACACCAUGAAGUAUCUUCUUUUCUUUACCUUGGCCUUAAUGGCCGCUUUCACCAGCUCUACAGAGGGAUGUAUGUCAGAAGGCCAUGGUGCAAAUCAUAAAGCUGACAACAGUCACGAGAUCGACGACAAAGAUGUUACAACAACAGUCAAGCAUUCGGUUGUGGCGAACACAACUCACGUUGAAACUACCACGACAGCCAAACACUCCGACGAAACUGCACCUUCUGCUGAAGCUGGACACUCUGCUGGUGGUCAAUCCACCGAGAGGCCGAUAAUUGUUGUUGUCGAAAACAUGAAUACAACCACUCAAGCAAUUGUGGCAGAGAUGGUUACGUCCACCCCGAUGAUGGUCACCUCGAUGAAACCUGUUGUUGUUUUCCAAAAUACGACAGAAAAACCAGGUAAUGUUAUCCACGAAGAAGUCAACAAAACAUCUGUCACUACUCCAGUUGCAAUGACGACUAUUGCAGCUGUUAUCAAUUCUACUGAAAAGCCGACUAAACUUACACCGGAGAUGACGACCACAGCACCAUCAGCUACUACCCCAAAAGAAACAUCUACUCAUAUUGUUGAACAGAUGAAUAUCAACAAAACUAAAGUUAUGACAGCUUCUUCAAUGCCAAUGGUCGUUACUGCUCCGACAGUAAUCAGACGAGAAAGGAGACAAGUUAAUGCUACCACGAAGAUACCUGCGGCUUCAAACACCCCAGUUUUUGGAAGAAGAUUCCCGACCAGGGUACCAACGCCAGUAACACAUAAAGCUCGUCAGGGUACGACCGUUGGCCCGGCAAUCACUGCAUCACGUACAACCACUAAACCGAAAACGGUAACCAAACAGCCGGCUGGACUUUCUCCUGUGGCGCCGUCCAGUGUUCGUGUGCCAAUAACGAUGAAGCCACAGCCGGUCACCACUGGAUCAGUUCCAGUGCGCGGUUAAUGCAUUUCAUCAAAAGCAAAAGCAAAUUUUCGCCUUGACGGCUUUCACUACCUAAUUUUGUUUUUCAUUUUCUAGUUGACGCUAGUUUUUCUUUUUCGUAUCGAUUAAUUUCUCCUUUUCCCUAAAUGGAUUCACGUGAAAAACUGAAAUAAAACCCCCCCCAAAAAAAAAA